AAAAGAGAAUUCGAAUAUCGAUAAGCAAGGACAUAUUACAAUUUUUCAAAACUUGCAGCAGGCGACAAGAUGUUUAGAUUAACUACAAUUUAUCUUUAAAGCAGACAGCGCUUUGCCAAACAAUUCAAGCUCUGGAAUCACGUAUCGUUAAACAAUAAUCCAUUGGACAUUCAACUGGAUCCGCCACGCGAAUAUAGAGUUAGUUAUUUUAUUUUGGUAUUUAGAUAUCUUAUCAUAAUCAUCGACUCACACUACACGGACAUGUCACAAAAUCCAUUAAGCGAAUUAACACAACAACUGAUUAAUUUCUUCGUCAUUUGGCCGGAGAACGGGGACAUUCCACGCUAUGAGCGCUACGGCGAUCUCAUACGCUAUCAUAACGAGAAUCUUAUCCAGUCGGGAGAUCUCAGCAUAGCGUCAAGUAAAUUUAAUUGGCAAUGCUUUACCCAAAGGCAGGGAUUGCAAUUGCGCCGCCAAACCGAGCAGAUGCUACCUGACGAGCAGUCGGUGCAGCAGCUGCUGGACCACAGCAAACAGUGGAUAUUCCCGCUGCUCAAUGUCAAUAUGCUGCGCAAGGAACGAUAUGCCUUGCGUUUUCAACGUGCUCCAAUCAUAUCCCACGUUCUCCACUCAAUACUGAUCGAUGGCGACGAUUAUGGAAAGCACAAAAAGUCUACUGCAAUCGGUGUGCCGACACUGUGCCUCACCCUCAACACUGGCAACACCAAAGAGCUACACAAAUUUCGCGCAACGCAACUAUUCCACAUUGUUCGGCGUAUGCUGGACUAUGCCAACUGGCGCCUGGUGGCUCCAGAGCAGAAGACAGAUGACACCUUGCUCGUCAGCAUCGAGAGCAACAAUCAGCCACGUUGUUUGGCCAACGACCAACCGGAUAAAAUGAAUGUGCGCGUGUUGUGCGGUCCAGUUCUGGAGCCGAUCAAAAAAACGGGCGCAACACUGACCAGCGACAGCUACAUGGCUUUGCGCUCCAAUGAUAUGUUGCUAAUAGCAAUGCAUCGCCAUGGUCUGCGUGACUGUGCCAGGGAUAAGGACAUUGAAGGUCUGUUACAACGCCUGGGCCACGCAACCGUCAUAGUGGAUCUGUUUGAGGUGCGUCAUGCCAGUGGCGCCACUGUGGUCCGUAACGGUUCGGGGAGCUCCAAGGGUGCCAGCUAUAUACUGUACAAUUCGGCUCGCCUGGAAACGCUGUUACGCACCUUUGCCGCCCAAGUGGAUGCGGGCGCCUAUGAGCCGUUGCCGCCGCUAGAUAAGAUUGAUCUCAGUCUGCUUGAAGACGAGUUGGACUGGCAAAUGCUCUAUGGCUAUUUGCUAACCUUCCCGAAUUUAGUCGAAUCAACGCUGUCUCAGCUCAAGCAUGGCCAGUGCGCUGUGCAUCUAAUCGUGCGCUACAUCGUCGACUUGGCCUCCCUGUUUAGCCGCUACUAUCGUAGUAAACAGAUUCUCGUGCAGAAGCGCUCCAAUCUGAUGCCCACGCUCUAUGCCCGCAUCUAUUUGGUCAAGGCGGUGCGUCAGGUGCUCAACUCAGCGCUGGCGCUUUUAGGCAUACAGCCCGUCGACUAUAUGUAAAUAUAAUAUUUGCUAGCAAGCCAAGUUUUAUGUAUAUGUUAUAGAUUCACACAAUUUGUAAU